AUGUUCGGUCGCACCCUCGGGCGUUGUACCCUCGGUGACAUCGAACGGCGCUCGCGGCCGGAUCUUUGCCGCUUCCGGGGUCCGCGCCGUUUCAGUUGCGAUACUACGUUCCUUUGCGCACCGACUGGCUCAAGUACGGCGCGCAGCUCCGCAACAUUGGACGCGAGACGAAUCCCAGCAAGGAUGGGUGCACCUGCCGUGGCCGCGCCCGUGGCCGCGACGUGGACCACGGACGAGCUCGAGAGCCUCAAAUGCGAGCCCGCGGAAGACGUCAACGUCGCUGCCUACCUCCCAGAGGCGACGCGCUUCAACCCGACGCCAGGGACCGGGAAGACAGGGAUCAGCGACGUGCCCCCGAACAGCUACCCGUUCUACUCCGAGGACGAGAAGUAUGUGCCGAACAUGCAAAGCGACGGCGGCCACGUGUCAGAGUGGAAGCCGAUGUACCAGGCGACGCCCGAGCAGGAGGAGAAGGACCGGCAGGCCGCCUUUGCUAGCGGCAUCCCCCACGGGUACGUGGCCGCGCACGACAAGCACGACGGUCCCAAGAUCUGUCUGCUGCUGCGGUCGGACCUGCACUCUGACGACGAGUACGGGGAGAGCGUCGACGAGGCCGGGAACCACUCGGGCGGCCCGUUCUGGAUCGAGGUGUCCCCGAAGAUGCGCAUCGAGGAGCUGAGACUCGUCAUUCGCGACAAGGGCGGGAUCCCCCCCGCGCUGCUGCGGCUGUCGUACGCGGGGAAACGCAUGGCGGACUCCCAGCGCACGCUCGAACACUACGGAGUGAAGUACUGGAACGCCAAGUUCCCGCACUGGCCCCUCGUGGUCCUGCGGCAGUGA